CCUCACAGAGGAUGGGCACAGGGGGGUCUGGGUUUGUCAGCUGGUGAUGAUGCUCUGGUGGCUGUGACCUCACAGAGGAUGGGCACAGGGGGGUCUGGGUUUGUCAGCUGGUGAUGAGGCUCUGGUGGCUGUGACCUCACAGAGGAUGGGCACAGGGGGGUCUGGGUUUGUCAGCUGGUGAUGAGGCUCUGGUGGCUGUGACCUCACAGAGGAUGGGCACAGGGGGGUCUGGGUUUGUCAGCUGGUGAUGAGGCUCUGGUGGCUGUGACCUCACAGAGGAUGGGCACAGGGGGGUCUGGGUUUGUCAGCUGGUGAUGAGGCUCUGGUGGCUGUGACCUCACAGAGGAUGGGCACAGGGGGGUCUGGGUUUGUCAGCUGGUGAUGAGGCUCUGGUGGCUGUGACCUCACAGAGGAUGGGCACAGGGGGGUCUGGGUUUGUCAGCUGGUGAUGAGGCUCUGGUGGCUGUGACCUCACAGAGGAUGGGCACAGGGGGGUCUGGGUUUGUCAGCUGGUGAUGAGGCUCUGGUGGCUGUGACCUCACAGAGGAUGGGCACAGGGGGGUCUGGGUUUGUCAGCUGGUGAUGAGGCUCUGGUGGCUGUGACCUCACAGAGGAUGGGCACAGGGGGGUCUGGGUUUGUCAGCUGGUGAUGAGGCUCUGGUGGCUGUGACCUCACAGAGGAUGGGCACAGGGGGGUCUGGGUUUGUCAGCUGGUGAUGAGGCUCUGGUGGCUGUGACCUCACAGAGGAUGGGCACAGGGGGGUCUGGGUUUGUCAGCUGGUGAUGAGGCUCUGGUGGCUGUGACCUCACAGAGGAUGGGCACAGGGGGGUCUGGGUUUGUCAGCUGGUGAUGAGGCUCUGGUGGCUGUGACCUCACAGAGGAUGGGCACAGGGGGGUCUGGGUUUGUCAGCUGGUGAUGAGGCUCUGGUGGCUGUGACCUCACAGAGGAUGGGCACAGGGGGGUCUGGGUUUGUCAGCUGGUGAUGAGGCUCUGGUGGCUGUGACCUCACAGAGGAUGGGCACAGAAGGGUCUGUCCCCAAGGACAGCACCAGGCAGCCCCACUGCAGCUGCACUUGGUGAUUGGUGUGCAGAGGAAGGCUGGGGCCAUGGCUGCAGCAACCACGCUCCUGGUGCUCGUGCUGGCCCUGCUGCUCAAGCAGACACAGGACCUGCGGGCCGAUGCGGUCACAGUGCAGCGCAUGUGGCAGCGCGAGAAUUUUCUGUACCACGGGGUGAAGAAGCUGCUGCAGGACAUCAGGUGGAUCAGGUCCCCACAGGAAGCCCCACUCCUCUCUGUGUCACAGCUCUGUCUCUUCUGGGCUGCUGCAGCAGUCAUGGUCCUGGAGAUCUGCUGGCUGGCCUGGCAAAUGAAGUCUACGCUUUGCACCUGCCACGAGCAGGACAGCUCUGGCAGCGAGGAGGAGGAGGAUGAAGAGAAGGAGGAAAAGCUCAGGGAACAACGCCCCAGAGUCAGGCUGUUCUCUGUGCCCACCCUCCUGCCCGUGCAGGGCCUGUCUGACAUGUGCAGGGAUGUGAAGAAGAUGACGCUGGCCGUGCUCCGUGUCUGCCGAGCGCUCUCCAAGAACACUUUCAUGCCCGAGCUGCACCCGGCCGCCGGCAGGAACGGCGUCCACGAGUCCUGGAGCAUCUUUGAGGACCGAAUCGUGUACCAGCUGCUGGUGCUCCUGCAGCCACCCUCCGGGCACUCCUUCAGGCUGGAGCAGUUCUGUGGGACGCAGCUGCCGGAGAGGAGCUCCAACGUCCGAGUGGUGCUGGAGUGCACCUGCCCGAGGCCCACGGGGGACGCUCCGUGCUUCGUGCACCCGGCAGAGAACCAGGAGGCAGCCCAGCCCUCGGCCCUGCUGCAGACCCUGUGCACAGGCUCCUACCUGGACGUGGAGGAAACGGCCUGCUGGGCGCAGAACUCGGUGCAGACGGCCUGGGAGCCCCUGCCCCAGCGGCAGCACUGGCAGCUGACGGUGCUGCCCAGCUCCCGCUCCUGCCGCCUGCUGCUCAGCGGCCCCUCCGAGCUGCAGCUCUGCGCUGUGCUGGUGUUUGCCGUGGAGCAGGGCAGCCCAGGCACCUUCCUGAUCCUGCAGUGA